CACUUAUCCUUCAUUCAAUCCUCUAUCUUCUCUCCUUCACUUCUUGCCUCUCCCUCACAAAAUCAAAGAACAAAAAGUACUCACAACUCUAUAUAACUAUCUCUUACAAGAUUCUUGAUAUUUCUCUCAAAUCCCUUUUCUUUCAUCACCAUGUCAACGAUAGUAUAUCAAGGCACUUUGCAAUCAUGUUUUGAGUCCCAAAUCAUUGAAACAACUACCCUUAAGCUCAAAGUCCCUUCUACUGUUGAAUUUGGCAGAGGACCUUGUAUAAUUGACAACAACAUAGACAAUCAUCUUAAAGAAAAAUGCAAUUAUCAAGUUACUAACAAGCCCUCCACAACAACUAAUCCUGAUUUGGGUGGUGGUUGGAGUUUUCUUCAAAAUCUCUCCAACAACAUUUCUAAAGACUCAAACUUGGAGAAAGAAAGUGGCAUUUAUGUCCACCCUUUAUCCAAGCGAUCCUCAUAUUCAUCAAGACUCAGUGAAAAAAGCCUUCAAUUAUGCACUGAAAGUCUUGGAAGUGAAACUGGAACUGAUAUCAUUGACAGCAACAUUUUCUCAUUCUCUUCUUCUUCUUCUUCAUAUUCACCAAUUGAAAAAUCAUCAUCAACUAAUGAUGACCAUGUGAUGACUCACCAAGCUGAGUCAUCAUCCACGUGGUCAAGAAAGAUUAGAAGUAAUAAUAAUAAGAAAUCUUGCAGCAAAUUUCCACCUCCUUUGACAACAAUAAGGGGUUUGAAUUCUAUGCAAAUUAGGCCCCACCGUGAAGAUGGUAGGUUAAUAAUCAAAGCUGUUGAGGCCCCACUUACACAUAAUUAUCUUCAAGCUGAAAGAAGCAAUGGUCGACUUAGGCUCUCUUUUUUCAAAGAUGAAAUCUCUGCUUCCAAUUUUGAAGAAAAUGAAGACUUAGAGGAAACUGAAAGUGAAAUUAGAGAUGAAGAAGAAGUAAAAGAAGAAGAAAUUGAAGAAAAAGAAGAUGACAUUAAGGUGGAAGAAGAAGAAGAAGAAAGUGACAUGCACAAUAUGAAAUGGGAUAUAGAUGGAAAUAAAUUUGAUGUUGAGGGUGAAAUGGGAAAGGAGAAAUGUCAAAGGCUAAGCAGGUGCAAGGAAAGUGGACAGGGGAACAAGGUUUUUUGUGAUUGGAGGAAGGCCUUAUGGGUGGCUACUUCCUAAUAUUUUUUAAGCUUUAUUUUGGAUCACUUAAUUAUAGUUUUUGACAUUUCCAUAUACUCUCAUAUGGUUUUGUUUCCCUUUGUCCGUUUAGACUACCGGCUUUUUGUGCCCCCACUUUUUGUUUUCUAAUUAAUUUCUUUCUAAUGUUUCUGCCAAAGAGGACCACUCAUUAAUGGGUCUGACUGUAUAAAACUUUUUCUUGGGCUGAA